AUGGCCGCCAUGCUGGGCCGAAACCACAGCUCUGUGUCUGAAUUCAUCCUCGUGGGAUUCUCUAUCUUUCUGUGGCAUCUACUGCCUGCCUUCUUCCUGCUGUUCCUGCUCAUGUACCUGUUUUUGCUGCUGGGCAACCUCCUCAUCAUGGCCACCGUGUGGAGAGAGCACAGCCUGCACACACCCAUGUACCUCUUCCUGUGUGCCCUGUCCACCUCUGAGAUCCUCUACACCUUGGCCCUCACCCCGCGCCUGCUGGCCGACAUGCUCUCGGCCUGCCACGCCAUCACCUGGACAGCCUGUGCCAGUCAGAUAUUUUUCUCCUUUACCUUCGGCUUCACACACUACUUCUUACUCGUGAUCAUGGGCUAUGACCACUACGUGGCCAUCUGCCACCCCCUGUGCUACAAUGUGCUCAUGAACCCGCAUGGCCGUGCCCACCUGGUGGUCUGGUCAUGGGCAGGUGGCUCAGUCAUGGGGCUGGUGGUGACCACAGUGGUUUUCCACCUCACCUUCUGUGGUCCUAAUGAGAUCCACCAUUUCUUCUACCACGUGCCACCUGUGGUGAAGCUGGCCUGUGGAACCGAUGUACCUGCUGUGGCCCUGGGUGUGGGGCUGGUGUGCAUCACGACCCUGCUGGGCUGCUGUCUCCUCAUCCUCCUCUCCUACACCUUCAUCGUGGCUGCCAUCUUGAGGAUUCCCUCAGCUGAGGGCAGGCACAAGGCCUUCUCCACCUGUGCGUCCCACCUCACUGUGGUCAUUGUGCACUACAGCUUUGCCUCUGUGGUCUACCUCAAGCUCAAGGGUCCCCAGUCUCUGGAAGGAGACACCCUGAUGGCCAUCACCUACACAAUCCUCACGCCCUUCCUCAGCCCCAUCAUCUUCAGUCUCAGGAACAAGGAGCUGAAGACUGCUACAGUUGAACUGAAUAAAACCUUGGGGAUGAAUUCAGACAUGGAACUUGGUGUAGCUUCAGUAUGGCGGCCAUCCCUGCUGAGGGAGGAGGGAAGAAGCCACCAUGGACAUCACUCAGGGUCUCUGGAGAGCUCGGCCUGGGAGGACUUCUCAGAGAGUGUCCCUUAA